AUGGAUAGACCAUCCCCUGUCGUAGUCAUAGAGGAUGUCUUAGAAAACGAGCAGUGGCAAACCCUAAACAUAGCAAACGAACACAAACCGACUGCAGUUGCCGUCUCAGAAUCAUGGCUCGUUAGUCACGGCCAUGUCCCGUCACUGGCUCAUGAAGCCUAUGAGGUUCAUAGACAAGAUCGGAGUCAGCAGCUGCAGGGUGGUGGAGUACUCAUAUUAGCUAGGAAGGAUAUCCAACAAGUUCAAGUGGAUAUUGAAGUCUGCACGAGCAACAUACAGAUGUGCUCAGUCACCAUCGCCGCAUAG